CUUUUACUGUCUUUCACUCGGACAGUUUCCAGAAAUGGUUACAGUUACAAAAAUUGUCAGUAAGCAGAAGACCACCAACGCCAUUUUCCAUUCAUGAACCCUUAAAUUGUUGCUCCCACUCAAAUAUCUUAACAAACCCACGUUCACAUUAUUUGUUAAUCAAAUGCCUCUUCAAUUUUCAUCACAUUACUGGAAUCGGUAGCUGACUCAUUGCUUCCUUCUCCCUCUGUUUCUACACCUUUUUUUUUCUGGAAAGCAGCUGGUUGUGUGGUGUGUGGUGUGUGGUGAAGGAUUAACUAUCAUCUAGUUCCCUGAAGUGGAAACGUGGAAGUUCAUUCUCAAAAUCGGCAUGCAUUUCAACUAGCCAAAACAAGGAUUCAUUCAUUUGGUGGAGGAUGGUGUCACUUUCAAAUAAUGGUUUAUCCGAUGAAUGCAUGAAGAAGCGGCCAUCAGAAAAUGGUUAUCACACCUUGCAUUUUGGCGUUACUCCAAAACAUAAAGUUCGAAAAGUCUGGGCUGUGCGGGAUUUCCCCUCAGGUUGUUGUAGAAAUGCUCCAAAAAUUGACUUGAGCCACAAGGAAAAUGCUGUGGUCACCAUCAGUGAAAAUAUAGCGGAUAAGCUGGUGGCUCAUGGUGGGAAUGGUCCUAACAACGGGAUUGAGUUCUGUUCUGUUGAAGUUGUGGACUGUCUCUCUAACAUCCAAGAGAAUGAAGAAUUGGAUAAGUUGGCCGAGAACGCAUUAGCCAAAACCACGAGUGUGGUAGAAAACAGGGUGGAAGAACCAACAAGUCAUGCCAGAUCUCUUGGAUUUGAGUUGUCUAAAGAUAUUGAAAGUAGUGAAAUGUCAUUGCUCAAGAAAGCAAAAGUCAUUCAGUGUGAUGAAUUGGUGAAGGAAGUUGAUGGGGAGAGAAGUUCAAUUUUGGUUAAAAAUGUGGUCAGUAUGACUGAUGGGGCAAUUCCUGUUUGUGAUGUGAAAACUUUCUCACCACCUCAGUGGCCAGUCAAGAAUGGAAAUGCUGCAGAUAACAGUUCCUCCUUGCCAAAGAAUAAGUACUGCCAAAGAAGAGUCUUCGCUGUUCGUGACUUCCCUCCAUUUUGUGGAAGAAAUGCUCCUAUGCCAACUGAACAAGAUCGCUUGGGUGGUAAUGAAGCAAGCAAGAGAGUGGUUGUGCUCGAUAAGGAAGUUACAGAAAAUGAAUCGAUUGAGACGUCGAAAAAUGUUAUGGGUACUGGGACAUCGCACAUGAAGUUGACUGCAAGUCAAGAAGCUGAUUCUUUGAGUAAGAUAGAGGUUACUGGUUCCAAAUGUAGCUUAAUGGAACGAACAACAGUUUGCAUUGAAAAUCCCGAAGGUGUCCAUGACAGUUAUAUUGGGAGGAGCCAACUUGAAAGAACUAUAAUUUUGCCAGAGACAGUGACGAAAAAGGAGAAUGAUGAUGCAGGAAAAAUUGUGGGGAAGGAGAAUAUCGUAUAUUCACAGAAUGAGUGUGAAAAGGCUACUACUGCAAGGCAUGCUCUUGGUUCUGUAAAUGAAAAUAUUAGGCCAAUUGUGCAUGAUCUGAUGGCAGAGCCAUACUGUCCCUGGAAGCAGAUGAAUCAAACUAGUUUAGAUGGUGUGACGAGGAGAAACCAAGUUCAAAAGCCUAACAUGCAUCGGCAGAAGAAAUCCUUAGCUGUUGCCAGAAAAAGUAUUCCUAAAACAAAAUUUUCACGGAGACAAUUUGGCAGGACUAAAUCAGGUUUCAUUGGUGAAGCUGCAGAAGGAUAUUCAAAUGCACUGGUUGCCAGCAACGGUAGAGCAUGUGGUUUGAAUAGGGAGGCACUACCUGAAGAAUCUCCAAUUGGACGGGGGCACCGUGAAUUUAAUGUGAAUCUGCCCCCUUUUGGUUCCAGCAGCAAUGAUGCUCGUAGUAAAGUCAGAGAGACUCUUCGUCUGUUUCAGUCUAUUUGUAGAAAAAUCUUGCGAGGGGAAGAAUCAAAUGGAGAAGUAAAACCUAAGCAAAAAGAUAAAAAGAACAGAAGGAUUGAUAUUCAAGCAUCGAAUUUUAUCAAAGAAAAAGGGAAGGAAGUUAAUACAGGACCCCGGAUACUGGGAGAAGUUCCAGGAGUUGAAGUAGGAGAUGCGUUCCAAUACAGGGUUGAACUUGCUCUUGUGGGAGUUCAUCGCUUAUAUCAAGCCGGUAUUGAUUUCCUGAACAAUGGAGGAAUGCUGGUUGCAACUAGCAUUGUUGCUUCAGGGGGCUAUGACGAUGAUUUGGGAGAUGCUGAUGAGCUGAUUUAUUCUGGGCAAGGUGGAAAUUUGACUGGCAAGGACAAAACCCCCGAAGAUCAGAAACUUGUGAAAGGUAAUUUAGCCUUGAAGAAUAGUAUAGCUACAAGGAAUCCUGUUCGGGUGAUUCGUGGAUCUAAGGCUGAAUCCACAGAUGGAAGAGCUAAUUUGGUGACGACUUAUGUGUAUGAUGGCUUGUACACUGUUCAAAAUUAUUGGGCAGAACGAGGGUCACAUGGUAAGCUGGUCUUUAUGUUUAAGUUGGUGAGAAUUCCCGGACAAGCAGCGCUUACUUGGAGAGAAGUAAAGUCAUCAAGAAAGUCCAAAGUGCGGCAUGGUGUUUGUGUUCCUGAUAUUACAGAAGGAAAGGAGUCAUUGCCAAUAACUGCUGUGAAUACAAUUGAUGGUGAGAAACCCCCACCAUUCAAUUACAUCAAGAAGAUGAUAUAUCCGGAUGGUUUCCACCCUGCUCCACCUAAAGGCUGUGAUUGUAUUGGUAGAUGUUCUGAUGCCAAGAGGUGCUCAUGUGCAGUUAAAAAUGGAGGCGAGAUCCCAUACAACCGCAAUGGGGCUAUUGUUGAAGUUAAGCCUCUUGUGUAUGAGUGUGGUCCUUUAUGUAAGUGCCCUCCUUCGUGCUAUAAUAGAGUGAGCCAACAUGGUAUUAAAAUUCCGCUGGAGAUCUUCAAGACAGAUACAAGGGGCUGGGGUGUGAGAGCUGUAACUUCUAUCUCUUCAGGAACCUUUAUCUGUGAGUAUGUAGGAGAAAUUCUUGAGGACAGAGAAGCCGAACAAAGAAUUGGUAGUGAUGAAUAUCUUUUUGAUAUUGGAAAGAACUAUAGUGAUUGUACUGCUAACUCUUCUGGACAAGCAGACCUAAAUGAAUUAGCAGAUGAGGGUGGUUUUACCAUUGAUGCAGCGCACUAUGGAAAUAUUGGACGAUUUAUCAAUCAUAGUUGUUCACCCAACUUGUAUGCACAGAAUGUUGUUUAUGAUCACGAGGAUAAGAAAAUGCCUCAUAUCAUGCUAUUCGCAGCAGAUAAUAUUCCUCCCUUGAAGGAGCUUUCUUACCAUUACAACUAUGCUGUGGAUCAGGUUUAUGACUCUGAUGGCAAGAUCAAGGUGAAGAGGUGCUUUUGUGGAUCUUCAGACUGUACUGGUAGGAUGUACUAGGAUUCGUAAAGUUCCGCUACUGUAGUUGAAUGGAAGAAUUACUCAUAUGUCAUUGUCUUUUUUUCCCUCUGCAAUAGUAUUUCUUCUUGUUUAGUCUGAGAUGCUAUGUUAUUAUGUGCAUGCCGGUUGUUCAUGGAAACAUAAGCUUGUAUAGGCUGACUACUCUUAUGUAAUGGAGCUACAACUUUCUUCUGUACCUACUGCUUCUUGUUGAUUCCAUCAAUGAAACUUCUUAC